AUCGCUCAAUCUAAACAAGGAACAACAAUAGAUUAAGCAUGCGUCAAUUUUGUUUCGUACUCUGAGCAUGAUACAUCGAGAUACUCUCUUUCUAUAUUGCUACAUUUAAUCAUCUUAUAGAAUCGAUGAUUUAAUAAUUAUUUAUACAAUGUACAAUGUAUUCGUAGUACGAUGUAUUACGUCGUAGUACAGAGAAGUAUUAUUUUGAAUAUAGAUUUGUAUUUUUGUCAGAUGUAUUACUAUUUUUAUUACACAUAUGAAAACAUAGUAAUUUCUCAAUUGUACUUUUAGUUCAUUUUUUGUCCAUACCUAUCGCUGAAGUCAUAUACGCUAUGUGCCAAAGGUGGUAAACAACCUUAAUUAUUAUAUUGUUUAUAUUGUACAAAUAAUAAAUUAUUUCCAAAGUUAAAUAUUGGAAUUAAAUUUAUCAUAUUUAUUACUUGAACAAAAAUUUAUAUUAAAAAAUUAUAGUAAAUAGUAAUACACGAUCAUAGUAAAAAUGGUUGAUCUUGAAAAAUAUAAAGGCAAUAUAAAUUUACCAGAACGAUUGCAAUCUCCUGAUCUCAAAAAUGAUAAAAAUGAAAAAGUAGAAGGACCUGUAAUUAUUAAUAUGCAAAAAGCUUUCUACGAUUUAAAAAUUAAUGAAAUAAAUAAUAGAAUUCAGAGGUUACAAGAACGAAAUAACGAACUUAUAAAUAAUUGCGAAGAGACAACGUUACUUCUAAUUUCAACAGAUGCAGAAACUGCAAAGGAAAUUACUGAAUUAACACAAUAUUUAUCUAACGAAGUAUCAAAAUUAGAAGAAAAUAAGAAUACACUAAAUGUUCUAGAGGAGUCAAUAGUAAAUAACAAAAUUGCACAUAUUGACAAAGUAAAUUCUUUAAAUGAUCAAUAUGCAAGGAAACGUUUAGAAUUAAUAUCAUUAAUUAAACCAUUAAGUAAUUAUUUUCAAUAUUUUUCUAUUUUUUAUAUUUCUUUACACAAAUACGAAUACUGAAGCAACAAUAUAGAACUUUAGAAUACAUUAUUAGAUGCAAAGAUAAAUGCGUUGGAAGACUAUAGAAGGUCACAAUCAGUUCUUCAAGAAAAAUUAAAAAAUAAAAAUAAUUUUAUGCAGCAGGAGGAAGAAAAAGUAGAACAAGAAAUACAACAAAUUCAAAUGAAAUUUAAAUCUGAUAGAGAAAAGCUCAAAGAGGAUAUGUAUAAUCGUCUCCUUGACUCAGCUGGAAUUUUUCAAAUGGAAGUUUCUAAGUGUAUACAAGAACCUAUACAUAAACUUAUGAGAGAAAAUAUUAUAUUGAAUAAUUAUUUAACCGAAAUUAUGAAUGAAAGUCUUACUGAAAAAGAAGUAUUUGCAAACUCCAAAUCUAUAAAGAAAGAGCUUCUUCAAAAACAUAAAUUUAAUUAUUUAGGCACCAGAUAUAAUAUAAAAAUUUCUAAAAUUCAAAAUUAUCUUUUGAAAUCCUUAAAAGAAGUGCAUGCAGAUACAGAAAGACGUUUAAUUAAUUUCAACCUUUUAAGUCAAAAUCUACAGAAAGAUUUGGUUAAUAAAGAUCAUGUAGAAGAACAAAUGAAUAUUUCUGAGGCACGUAUGAAACAAUUGGAAAUAAUGUUGUACAGAGAGAGAAUAGAAAUUACUACCUCAAAUUAUAUACGGAAAAGGAUACAAUGUAAAAUUAAAAAAUGUAGGGAAACACUUUAUGAUGUUAAAUAUGCUGUAAUAUGCGCACUACAGAUGAAAGAUAGUGACUCUAAGUUUGCACAAAUGGAUAAAAAAUGUUUGUUGCUACAUUUACAAAAUAUUAUCACAGAAGGUCAAGCCUAUAUGUCAAAUAUUACAAUUACAUCGAUGGAAUCUAUACCGCAAUCAAGUAAUGUGUAUUUUUAUGGAGAUCUUGGAUUUGACCCGACACCUGUUGAGUUAAGAGAACCAGUUGAGAUAAUAGAAAAGGAGAUAAUUCUACCUAUCACCUCAGAAGUUUUUAGUAUAGAAGAACAACUAGAAAAAGAACCAAAAAAAGAUUUUAUAGAAGAUAAAAGUUUAGCUGUGUUUGAGGAACCAUCAGAUAAAGAAUUUAUUGAAUCUAAAUAUUCAAGUGUAGAGGAUUCAAUUUCUGAAGAAUUUGAAGCGACAGAAAUUGACAAUGAUGAAUUUUAAUGACUGAAAAUAAUAGAGAUUUAAUAUAAAAUAUAUAUUAUCAUAUAAAUACAUGAUAAAAUAAAUUUAUAUUGAAAUCACUGCUUGGAAAGUUAUAUAUAUAUAUAAUGAAGUUUAAACGUUUUUUUAUAAUAU